CAACACACCUUGCACACUACUCAUUAAUUUUAUAUUUGGAGGUUAUGUUUUGAUUUGAUUCUACAAUCUUUUUAGCUAAUUUAAAGAUUUUGAAAAAAUGUUCGCCUGGACUCGUGUAGUACCCAGUGUCUCUACCUAUAUGAGUCGUUUAACAAACUGUACUAGCCAAUUUUUGGUACCUACCUCAAAGUUUCAUUCUUUAUCUAUUGGAGGAACGUCUCAGCCUCAAACAAGUCCAGGGGGGUUGUUCACUAUCCCAACACGUAAUGUGAUUCGUGUUCACUUUCCGCGACCAUCAGAAAGAAAGAGAAUAAAGAGACAUGGCUGGUUAAAGAGAAUGUCCACACCAUCAGGACGAAGGAUAAUAAUGAACAGGAUUCUCAAGGGGAGAUUCGUGUAUACCCACUAGGUGUAUAGUAGUAAGUUCUUUGUAAAUAUAGGGCUGUAGUUUUUCAAUAUAAACUUUUGCAUAUAAUAUUUGUGUAAAAUUAAACUUUCCACUUAAGCCUGUA